GUUUGUUAAUUUUAUAUGUAGACAUAAUUUGUUUCCACCCACGUAACAACUUAAGACUCGACCAGUUGAAACCCUCGCCUGUUAAGCUUAAACCUCGUGGACCAAACACCAAACCUUGUUCCACCGCCGUCUAACCAUGGGUUUCUUCGACCUCAACAUACCCUACCCAGAAACCUCCACCAAAUCCGAAAAAUCCACCGUCGAAAGCAACCGAACAAGACUUGCCGUGAAAGCCAUGGAACUAGGUUACACAGGAAUAGCUUACAACCGCACAAUGAAAGGCGUAAUGUCCGAUAAACACCGUUGCUCAAUCUCCCCACUCUCCCUCACUACUCUCCUCAACAUCGUUCCCUUUCUCUCCUCGUCGGCAAAGCUUCACCGUGACCUCCUCGGUGUUCAAUCUUCCACUCCGUUUCGGCAGUACACGCGCCUCACGGUUUGUGUUGAGAAUCCGUUGCAGGGUAAUGCACUUAAUGAUGGGAAUCCUAUUUUGAAAACUUACGAUUUGGUUGCUGUGAAACCGUUGAAUCAGACUGCUUUCGAUGUCGCCUGCGAGAGAAUGGCGAUAGAUAUCAUUUCAAUUGAUUUUUCGGCUAAGUUGCCAUUUAGGUUGAAGCAGUCUAUGGUUAAAAUGGCUACGCAGCGAGGUGUUGUUUUUGAAGUUUCAUACUCUGGUCUUAUUGCUGAUGUACAGUUAAGGAGACAGUUAAUUUCUGGUGCCAAGCUGUUGAUUGACUGGACUCGGGGGCGGGAUAUUGUAUUUUCAAGCGCUGCACCUUCGGUGAAUGAACUUCGAGGGCCUUGUGAUGUUGCAAACUUGUUGUUAUUAUUCGGGCUCUCGAAGCAGGAAGCUAAAGCAUCUAUAUCUAACAACUGUAGGGUUCUUUUAGCCAAUGCUCUAAGGAGAAAGCGGUUUCACAAAGAGGCAAUAAGAGUAGAGGUUUUAUCAUCCGACUUAGCAUCUCAUUCUAAGGAAGCUCGACAUCAAGAGUUACAAAAGUGGGACCCUCUCUCCAGCGGUGAAGGUGAUAUCUUGUUGGACGACAUGGAAAAUUCUCGUUCAAUCUCAUCUAAAGCACCCAAGACUGCAAAAGCUAUUGACUUUGUUUCAGUACUAGACAGCCUUCCGUCUCAAGGUUAUCAAGUCCAGGAUUUCGUACCUGCAAAUGACACUUUCUCGCUCUUCUCAACUAAUAAGGUAAACUUCGCGUCCGUUGCCGAAAAUGUAAAUCGGCCGACACAUAGGCCUGAUGUUUGUCCCAAUCAAGACCAAAGCUUAUCGUUGAAUGAUAUAACAAAACAUCACAUUGUGAGAUGUGGCAAUAUUUUUGAGAAAAGUAUACACAGUGGAACUACUGAUGCUUUUCGUUCUGAAGUGAUAGAGACCGAGACAAAUGGCGCAAAGUUGGAACUACAACAUUCUGUUGAUUCAGAUGUACAGAUGGAUGAGAUGGAAAAAUCAUUUAUAACCCCUUGUAAAGCAUCAGCAGUAGCAAAAGCCACUGUCGACAGCUAUAAUAAUGGAAAUUUACUUCCAGUUGCUGAAAUUGUUAAUCAGUCAAAUCCUGUACCUAACAAUUCAACCAAGCAGCCCGACAGGCUCGAGGCUUCUCUCGAGCAAGAUGAAAGGUCAUUGUUUGAUACUGUAAAAACAAAUCACGAUGUGGACUGUGAUGAUGUAGAGAUUGACACUCAGACAAAUGGCACAAAGCACUUGAUUCAGAAUUUUACCGAUUCAGAUGUUGAUUGCGCCCCAUUUGAAGCAAAAGCACGUGAUUCACAGUCAGACUUGUGCAUCUCAAGUAAUUUGUUGGACACUGUAAAACCACACGAGAAUGAGAAACUAAUCAUAUCUUUGGAUGAUCCUAACAAUAUUGACGAGAAAUUAGAAGUUUUUACUCCAUCCAUAGGAAUCAUUUUUCCGGCUCCAGUACAUGCAAAAGACAAUGAAAAUAACACUGAUGUCAAUUUAAAUGCACAUUUUGCAACAGUGCAUGAAAAUUUGCCAAAGGAAGAUUUUAAAACUGCAAAGCAUGCAGUUCUGGAUAUGAACACAUCUACUUCUGAUGCUGUUGAAGUUGAUGAGAUGCCACACCGAACACCUUCUGAUAAAAUGAACACGGAAGAUGAUUCCACAGUUGCAAUACAUUCAUUGCCAGAAGUUAUGAUGGAAGAUACAAAGUUUGGUGAAGUGAACACCGAUUCUGAUCAAUUAGCCUCUGUUCCGUCUGUUUCAGGUCGAUCGCGAGUGAAGCGAAGGACACAUCCACUGCGAAGGACGCCUCCACUUUCAUUUCCCUUGAAGCGAUUGUUGAAUACAGUGCCUUUUAAGAGAUGUAAAAAACUCAAGAGGAGAACUAAUCCAGAAUAAGUAGUUUUUCUUUCCAGGUGAUUAUUGUUACUUGCAUAGCCGCGAGCUUAUUAUUCUUCAUCACGACUAUCAAUUUUUAUACGGGUUUUCUUCAACCCUGAAAACUCGAUGAAUUUCCAGUCCUAAAUUAGUGAAAGACACUCAAAAAGAGUGACUAUAAGGUAAUCUGUCUUGGAUGAUAGCAGCAGAAUUGCGGAUAGCAGAAUGACUAAAUAUUCUUAUAUAUGUUGAAUAAUUUAUAUUUCAUAUUUUUUUCUGAGCUAAAGUGUAUCUUAUUUAGAAGUAUUAUUUUUAAAUGAAGUGAUAACUUAUUACUGUAUUA